GGGGAGUGUGUGCACACACAACAAGUCCGCUCUCCGGCGCCGGGGACGCGGUCGCUCCUUCCCGUGUAAAAUGGGAUGUUUCUAAAUGGGCCGCGUGGGGAGUGAAGCCUCGCCAGAAGAAGCAGCAGGAUGGCUGAACCGGGAUCGUCUGCAUCGGCGGCGCUGGUGCCGCUGCUCCUGCUGGGCUUCCUCUCGGUGUCCUCGGUGAACGCCGACACCCUGCUGUCAGCUCCGCUCAAUGUGACCAUCAGAGACAUUGAGGUAAACUCUGCCAUGGUCACGUGGGAAAUCUUGGAGGGCGACCCCGUCAUUGGAUUCGCCAUCACCCAACAGAAGAAGGAUGUCCGCAUGCUGCGCUUCAUCCAGGAGGUGAACACCACCACGCGCUCCUGUGCACUGUGGGACCUGGACGAGGACACGGACUACAUCGUUCACGUCCAGAGCAUCAGCAUGGGAGGCAGCAGCCCCCCCAGCGAGCCGGUCCUCUUCAGGACGCUCAAGGAGUCGGAGAAGAUGGCGUCCAAGAGCCCAGACGAAGUGAUGAUGGAGGAGGUGGGUCAGGAUGCUCAGCUGAGGGCCGGAGAGCUCAUCAUCAUCGUGGUGGUGCUCAUCAUGUGGGCAGGGGUGAUCGUUCUGUUUUGUCGCCAGUAUGACAUCAUUAAAGACAACGAGCCCAGCAACAACAAGGACAAAGCCAAGAACUCCUCAGAGUGCAGUACUCCAGAGCACCCGCAGGGGGGGCUACUGCGCAGCAACGUCUAAGACCAGCCCCGCAUAGCCUUGUGCAACAACCAACUCCUCGCAACCUCAGGACAGGCCCUGAGACCAACAGAAACCCAUCACGGAGACUCUUCUCUCCACACAAGGAAGCGCUCUUCACAACAACAAAGAAAACGACGGACCCGAGUUCGAUCUUUUUUCCCCCCGAGUCCGAGGCUGCGAAACAGGAAACACGAAGGAGGACGAACCUGCUUUCACUGGACUGUUGGCCUCCUUUAGAGACGGACAGCCAAUACAGACACGGGACGUACAACGGCCGUCAGUCAAAGCACCGGAAGGCGGGACAUCGUUUUCCUCUUCACGAGAACUGCUUGACUCGUUGGUUCUGGAUGCUCUUCAUCGGUGGCAUCGAAUCAAUCAUGGAUGUCUUGAGUAUUUUUUUAAUGGUUUACGUCAAUGGGAAGAGAAGGAAGAAAUGGAAGUUCCCUCGCAAGAUCAGCGGGUCCUUCAAGGACUAAAUCUCUCCAUCCGCAUUGCCUCCUUUCUGUCUUUAUUACAGCCCUUUGUGUAGCAGCUUUGUGUCUCUCUAAUAAGCACAUUGGCGUUUGGUGCUCCUCCUAUCGUGAUUGCUUGAGCCCUCACAAUCCCCAGUCUGUCUUGAGUGCGGCACCAUUGUUGUUGUUGGGUCAGAACUAUUGCACGUUGAGUCUUGUCUCCAGCCUUCCCGUGUCUGUGUCAUCAGUUCAAUGAUGCAUCUGUUACUCCGACAUACAGCCGUGAUUCAGACAAAGCUCGAGGAUUGACCGGGCGCUCUCUCUCUCUCUCUCUCUCUCUCUCUCUCUCUCUCUCUCUCUCUCUCUCUCUCUCUCUCUCUCGUCACAGCGGGGUCUCGCUCCGCAUCAAAAUUGUAAAAAAAAAAAUAUCCAGAAGUUAACUCCAGUGUCGAACUUUGAAAAGAUUUGGCGUGGCUUGGGAAAACAAAGAUGACAGAUUUAGGUUGGAGUUGAGGUUUAUUGUUCCUCACUGCAUGUUCAGCGCCAUAUGCUAUCGGUGGUCAGAAGCUGCACCGGCAAUCCCCUUUAAAACUAUCAUUAAAAUGCAAGGCUAUAAUGGGAUGGAUGGGGGGAAAUAAAAAAAUGCAUAAAAUCCAGGUGUAGCUGAUGGCCUGAACUUCCAACACUGUGUAGAACCUGUGCAGCUCGGCAGAACAAUUACAACUCGCAUGAAUAUGUAAUCUACAUGCCGAUAGAUGAGAUUACUAUUUUGACAUGCGGGUGCGGUAACUGAUGGCAUUGGUCAUCAUCUUUUGACAGUUCAUCAUCAUCAUCGGAGGAAAUCAAUUUACUCGAUUUACGUUUUAAUAUUCCAUAUUUUCCUCCUUGUCAAAACUGGAAUGAAAAGAAUGAAAUCAACAAUUAAUUGUUGUCUGUUUUGCCAAAAACAUGAAAAGUAGGUUAUUGCACUGUUGUCUAAAGACACCACUGAACCAGCAUGUUGCACCACGACGCCGCGGAGCUGAACUCUUUGCAGAGAUGAUGAGAAAAUGUCUCAACGCCGGAUUACUUUCUCAUCUCAAUCGUCGAUCUUUCACCCUCUGCCUCCGUUAUCAGCCUCUCUCUUUCCCUCCUCUAUCUCCAGCCACCCUCGUCCUCCUUCAUUCAUGACUUUCUCCUCCCUCUCUAUCCAUCUGUCGUGCUCUCUCCGUCUCCCUUCACCGGUCCUGUCCUCCCUUCUCUCACCUCCCAGCUUCCCUCUCCCCUGCUUCUCAUUAUUUCUCCUCUCAGACUCCCGUUAGCCGCCUUCUCUCUCUCCCCCUCUCUCUCUCUCUCUCCCUUCCUCUCUCUCUCUCUCUCUCUCUCUUUCUCUCUCUCUCUCUCUCUCUCUCUGCUCAUUUAUCACCUUCCUUUUUGUUGCCUCACACCGGCCCGGUUGGACGCUCCACCUGGUAAACAAGUAAAGGUGAAAUAGAGAAAGAGAGAGGAGGAGAAUCAAAGGACCAGUGGACGAGGAGAAGUGAAAAGGAAAGGCCGAGAGCCGAUUGGAUAGGGAAGGAAAAGGAGGCACUUUAUUUACACUUAUUAAUAAGCACAGGGUUGAGUGCUUGUGGAACAGGAUUUGCCACAUGUCAGGAGGACACCUCUGAACAGUGAUGUUGAAGCAGUGUGUGUGUGUGUGUGCAGCUUGUUGUGAGAUUUGUUGUAAGGCAGAUAUUUGAAAAUGCCCGAGACGUGCAGCUUCUGGCUCUGUUUGUGAGCGCGAUAUCGCGUAUGCCGUCAGUGGAUGACGGUCUGGAUUCUUAAAGAAAUACGACACAUUUUGAGUGGUAAUCCACCAUUUGUACUGAAAACGGCAUAUCUGUCGUACAAGAAGAGAGAGAGAGAGAGAGAGAGAGAGCUGGACAACUGCAAGUGAAUCGGGUGGGGCUUGAACAUUUAAAAUUGUUUGCAAUGAACAGAUGCUGUGAUGCUAUCGGUGCACCCCGGGGAAUCCGUGACGUCACCUUUUGGUGUGUGAUUUUUUUAAAAAUUUUUAUUAAAUGCAUCGAGGUGGAAAAGAGAUUAUUUUUUUUUUAUUUUUUUUAAAAGGGCCGCGUGGAAUGAAUAAAUGACUCCGGUGGUGGUCUAA